AUGGUUGAGACACAAUCACCCACGGUCAUCAUUGUGUCGGUGAUAUUUGCCGUUUUUAUAUUUGCUGCUUUGAGUCUUCGAUUCUGGGCCCGAGCGGUGCUGGUGAAGCAAAUUGGAACUGAUGAUGUUCUCAUCACCAUUGCAACGAUAUUCUCCUUCGCCUUUAUAGGAACCGCAGUCAGGGCUGCCCAGCUCGGGCUCGGAGCGCACAUUGACGACGUCUUGCCGCGGGGGACGGAAAACCUGGUGGCGUACGCGCAAACGGUGUGGCUGUCAUCCAUCAUGUACAACGCGUGCCUGGGCUUCAUCAAGGUCUCGGUGCUGGCGCUGUACAUGCGCCUGGGCGACAAGCGGCUGCGGACCCUCGCCGUCGUCAUGAUCGUCCUGGUCACCGCCCAGACCGUGGCCAGCGUCAUGGUCUGCAUAUUGCAGUGCACCCCCGUCAGGGCGGCGUACGACGUCACAAUGUCGCAGGGGAGCAAGACUUGUAUCAACAUCAAUGCGUUUUACCUCGCCAAUGCCGCCUGCAACAUCUUGACCGACCUCUUGACCUACAGCUUGCCGAUACCUCUGGUUUUGAGGCUGCAGGUGACCAGACCGCAGAGGAUAGGGCUGGCUGUGAUGCUCUCGUUGGGGUUGUUGGCUUGCGCUUCAAGCGUCAUCCGAAUCACCUUCAUUCCCGCCAUGCUCGUCAGCCAAGAUCCCACCUGGGACAUCGCCCAACCCAUGUACUGGUCCGUGAUCGAGACCAACGUCGGCAUCCUGGCGGCCUCGAUCCCUAGCCUAAAGGUCAUCGCCAAGGUGUACUUCCCACGCCUGCUGGGCACGCAGAGUGGCCGCGGAGCAGGAGGAGGAGGCACCGCCGGUGCCUCCUCGGGCGGCAGAUGCGGCAAGUCUGGGAUCUGGACCUCGCCGCGCAGCAGCAGGCAGAGCCGCGUCGGCAUUGACCGCGGCGAUGGGUUCGAGACCGGCUUCGGGUGCCAUGAGGAGGCCUCAAAAGAGACGCUGGCGACGACCGGGCCUCCUGAAGGCAAGAUCGAGGUGACGACGAAGGUCAGCAUGCAGGUUUUUGACAGCCGAACGAUGGAGAGUGGGAAGGGAAUGGACAUGUGCUGA